CAGUUUGAGGCCACCUCCCCCUCUUUUCCCUUCACACACCCAGGCGGCGGCAGGAGCAAGUAGAAGUAGCGGCAACAACAACAGCAGCAGCAGCAGCUGCGGUAACAACAACACGUGUUUGCUCGGGCACCAUGGAAUUCGAGGAGUUGGGGAUUCGGGAGGAGUGCGGCGUGUUCGGCUGCAUCGCCUCGGGCCUGUGGCCCACGGAGCUGGACGUGCCCCAUGUCAUCACGUUGGGGCUGGUGGGGUUACAGCACAGGGGCCAAGAGAGUGCUGGGAUUGUGACAAGUGAUGGAGAGUCAGCCCACUCAUUCAAAAUACACAAGGGAAUGGGUCUGGUUAAUCAUGUGUUCAGUGAAGACAGUCUGAAGAAGCUGUAUAUUUCAAAUCUUGGAAUUGGCCACACAAGAUACUCUACUUCAGGCGUCUCUGUCCUGGAUAACUGUCAACCAUUUGUGGUGGAAACUCUGCAUGGAAAGAUUGCUGUAGCCCACAAUGGGGAGUUGACAAAUGCUACACGACUGAGGAGAAAGCUAAUGCGCCAUGGAGUGGGACUGUCUACCAGUUCUGACAGUGAACUGAUCACUCAACUGCUGGCAUUUACCCCCCCUUUAGAGCAAGAUGACACCCCAGAUUGGGUAGCAAGGAUCAAAAAUUUGAUGAAUGAAACACCCACUUCAUACUCACUGCUGAUGAUGCAUAAAGAUAUUAUUUAUGCAGUUCGUGACCCCUAUGGGAACCGUCCUCUCUGCAUUGGCCGUCUCGUGCCAGUAGGUGAUAUUAGUGUAAAAGGGAAAAAUAAUGCCGAAACUGAAGGAUGGGUAGUUUCCUCAGAAUCAUGUAGCUUUUUAUCUAUUGGAGCAGCAUAUUACCGUGAAGUCAUGCCUGGGGAGAUUGUAAAGAUAUCCAGAUAUGAUGUGCAAACACUGGAUGUUGUACCGAGACCUGCAGGAGAUCCAUCAGCAUUCUGUAUUUUUGAAUAUGUGUAUUUUGCAAGGCCUGACAGCAUAUUUGAAGGUCAGAUGGUGUAUUCUGUAAGGAGGAGAUGUGGCCAACAACUUGCGAUUGAAGCCCCAGUGGAAGCAGAUUUGGUUAGUACAGUCCCAGAAUCUGCAACACCAGCAGCCCUUGGUUAUGCACAAAAGUGUGGAUUACCAUAUAUUGAAGUAUUGUGCAAAAACAGAUAUGUAGGAAGAACUUUCAUUCAGCCAAACAUGAGGUUAAGACAGCUUGGAGUAGCCAAGAAAUUUGGAGUCCUGUCAGACAACUUCAAAGGAAAGCGUGUUGUCCUUAUUGAUGAUUCUAUUGUACGAGGCAACACCAUUUCACCCAUAAUUAAACUACUGAGAGAAUCUGGUGCUAAAGAGGUGCACAUUCGUGUGGCUUCACCUCCAAUAAGAUUUCCUUGUUACAUGGGAAUAAACAUUCCAACAAAAGAAGAACUCAUUGCCAACAAGCCUGAAUUUCAUGACCUAGCCAACUACAUAGGAGCUGACAGUGUCAUUUAUCUUUCAGUAGAAGGACUGGUAUCAUCUGUUCAAGAAAGCAUCAAAGCAAGACAAGAUAAUGAAAAUGGCCUUAAGACCAACAAGUUUUGGGCUGGGAAAAUUGGCCAUUGCAUAGCUUGCCUUGUUGGAAAAUAUCCUGUAGAGCUAGAGUGGUGAUUUUCCAGAACACAAUCACCACUGAAUUAAAGUUUGGAACUGAUAUCAUGCAUAGGAUGCAAAAGUGUGUAGUAAAUUGCUACCAAAGAAGUGAUCAAACCACUCAUUUUAGUUAAAUGUUUAUUAAGGAUGGUGAGGACCAUAAAAGAACUUCCAGAAAAGUGUAAAGAUUAUGCAAUAGGAUAAAUGUUAGUGCUGUAACUUGUGGGGGCUGGGGUUGGAUGGCAAAGUUUUUUCUAUUCCUUAGCUGGUCUAAUCCUGCCAAGAAACUUUGAGCUCUCCUCAGGCUUUUGUUCAUAACAUUGGUUUAUUACAAAUGACAUUCUGAAAGAGCCUGUGAGCAAUUAAGCCAUCUCGGUUUUUAAAACAGUGUUCAACCAGGGGGAAAAAUUGCAUUCUGAUUUUAUAUAAAUGGUAAAUUCUGAAGUAUAAUUGCUUUACAAGUAGUUUUUAUCCAGCUGCUGGGGUUCUUUGUUUAAGAAUGAAGUUAAGUGCCUGUAUUGUUGCUAAAUUAAUCUGUAUUAACUUGCUUCUAAAGAUACUGAAUACUAUUUUUAUACAUUGCUGAGACUGGGAGACUCAGGGAAAAUACUAAGCCAAAACUCUAAUACCUUGAGCCAUAAUGAAUUAAAGACUGACAAAUAUACUGUGUUAAAGUGCUUUCAUUGUAUGUCAAAGGGAUGUGACAGGGAAAAUUAGAUAGGUUGAUAACUAUUCUGAGUGAUAUGAUUUAUUGUGCUAAUUUUCUCCACAAUGUUCUUUCACCUUGAAUACUUACUUAAAUGUAAUCUGAGUGAAUGUUUUUAUUGGAUGUAAGCCUUCAAAGAAGACUCAAACAUUGAAAAAUUAA